UAGCUAUGUGACAGAGUGGCUGCUGCUUUCUCCCGGACCCCCCGCGUCUCGGUCUCCCCCGUCCGCUCAGGAUGGACCAGAGGAGGACUGAACCGGACCUCCACACCAGUAUCAACCCGGUGUCGCUGUACGGGGAAUUCACGGUCACCGGUAACCGAAAAGUCAGGUGUGCCGUGAGCUUGACCGAGAAGGACCUCAUCGUCCAGAGGCUCACCUCGGCACCUGUCGGGCGGAACAAGGUGGUGCUCAGCCUGAGGGACUGCAUCGGUUGCCGGGCUUACCGGGGAGUUGACAACGCGGACCCGGCAGCGUACUUGUCAGCCUACUUCUACCCGCUCAGACGCCGCUGGAUGAGUUCCGGGGUCUCGCGGCAGAGAGCGGAGCAGUGCUUUCGUCUCGCCGCCCUCCAGGACCCACGCGCUAACCUGGAGGAAGCGGAGAAGUGGGCUCGCGCUGUCCGAGAACGUUCUGCACGGCAACGGUUCUCACGAGACGGGGUGCUGAUGAGCGAGUUGUCUCGUCCGAGCCGGAUGAUGCUGCUGGUGAACCCACAGAGUGGGAAAGGACACGCUCUCACUCUCUACAACAACCACAUCCAGCGAAUGCUCAACGAGGCGGGAGUCACACACACUCUGGUCAUCACCGAACGGCAGAACCACGCCCGGGAACUUGUGAAGGAGGCUGACCUGUCACAGUGGGACGCUUUAGUCAUCAUGUCCGGAGAUGGACUUCUAUUUGAGGUGAUAAAUGGUCUGCUGGAGAGACCAGACUGGGAGGAAGCCAUCCGGACUCCGCUGGGCAUCCUACCUAGUGGAUCAGGCAACGCCUUGGCUGCAUCCAUACAUCACUACUCUAGAGCCUCGCCUGUGUCCAGCGAGGAGCUCCUGGUCAGCUGUGGUUUUCUACUCUGUCAAGGACUAGUGGCUCGCAUGGACCUAGUCUCCAUCCAUCUCUCUUCCGGCCCUCGUCUCUUUUCCUUCCUGUCACUGGCCUGGGGCUUUGUGGCGGAUGUGGACAUAGAGAGCGAGAAGUACCGUCACGUUGGAGCGGCCCGGUUCACAGUUGGCACGCUGGUGCGGCUGGCUUCUCUACGCGUCUACAAGGGCAAGCUGGCUUACUUGCCCGCCACUGAGGACUGCAGCAAGGAGGAGGAUUUAGGAAAUAACAUGAUGCUGCACUGCAACAAUCAGGCUUCCUGCUUGGCUCAGGCCUCUCGACUGACCAGAGAUGCUCCCAGCCAGAACACCUUCCACAACUCCUGCCACUCAAACAACUCCCUCAAAGUGAGGAGGACGGAGAGCACGCCUUCUCGAAGCGCCACCAAAUCCCUCCCUGGCCCGCCUGACACCCUGCUGCUGCCUCUGGACCAGCAGUUGCCCAGCAACUGGGUCGUGGUGCCGGAGGAAGACUUUGUCCUCAUGCUGGCCAUGUACCAGUCGCAUCUGGCUGAGGACCUGCUGGCAGCACCAGGCGCUGCGCCAGAUGACGGAGUCAUCCAUCUAUUCUACGUCAGAGCGGGAAUAUCACGUACUGCGCUGCUGAGGCUGUUCCUAGCUAUGGAGAAGGGAACGCAUCUUGCUACUAACUGUCAGCAUUUAGUGUACACUAAGGUGCGGGCCCUCAGACUGGAGCCAUUAUCUCCCAAAGGGAUAAUAACAGUAGAUGGAGAGGUGGUGGAGUAUGGACCGCUGCAGGCAGAGGUGCACAGAGGCCUGGGGAGGUUAAUCAGUGGAUGAACAAACACCAGCGGUCAUCUCUGCUGUUAAAGGCCCAAUAAAAGAUUUUAGAAUUUCGAAUCAGAAAUGUCCAGGUACAAGAGCAAAGCAAUGGAAGUAUGACUCACUCACUGUUAUCUGCUACAUUUGCCUCUCAUCGGUACACAGAACAUUUCGGUAGAAAAUACUGCAAUAUUAAGAAAAACAAGUGCCAUGUAUGGGGGCCCAAAGUGUUCAAUAUAAAAAAUAAAUAGGUCAGACAUUAUGAAAAUAAAUAAUAUUAUUAAUAAUAACAGAAGAGAAACAUAAUAUGACCAUGAAACUGUAAAAUAACCAAAAACAUUUUUCAGAUUGUUUUUUCAUCCCGCUUCUUUUCACAAUAAGAGCGUUUAUGGCAGGUGUCUUUAUCCGUCAGUCAAGACGAACUCUUGUGUUUAAGCAGACAGCCAAUCACAUAUGACCAGGGGGCAAAGACUUUUUUAAGAGCCACCCGAAGUCUUGAAAUCGAGGUGUCAUGACAUACCGGUAUAACAAUACACAUAUGCAUUGAUACACAUAUGGGAAUAUUGUGAAAAUAAUCCAGCACCUCUUAAAUCAUUUCCAUUUCUUUUCUAUUUCAAUUUUUCUUCCCAAGUGUUAUCCGGGUGCCUUCAUUCUAUCUAAUUAUGUAUAAUUACUCUUUUUGUAUGAUUUUGUUCAGUUACUGUUACAGACUCUCUCCUCGGCCCUACACUUAAUUUUGAGUGUAACUCAUUUGCUAAAAGAGACAAAACGCACAAUUUUCUUUGGAUAUUGCAAAAAUAUCAUUAUUGUGAACUUUUUUGGCCACAAUUAUUGUGUCAUGAAAAUCUGAUAUUGUGCCAGAACCUUUUCUAAAUUGGAUUUUUAUAUAGUUAACAUGUUGGCGUAAAUUUUAAAAUCUGUUUCAGGACUUAUGGGGUUCAGUACUUUUUAACGUCCUUAUGAAAAUGGGCAUUUUAAAGUAAAGUAAAAACGACCUGCAAUAAACUCUGUUAUUGUGUGAAGAAACAAGAUAGAAUUUCACAAUAAUGCGCUUAGGUUUGUUUCACAAUUCCAUUACCCCCUUUUUUUUUUUCUUGCUUUUAAAUAUUGAACUCUAUGGGACUCUGUAGCCACGACUGAGCUUACUGUAGAUAUGUUGGCAUCAAUUUACAAAUCAAAUAGGCACACGUUUCAUCAUGUCAUGAUGAAGUGUUUGGCCGCCGUGGAAAGUAAAUCAGUCACCGUCUUGAGCCUCCCGUAUGUCAUCUUUAUUAUCGCUGCAAGGGGAGGAUUUCCUCUCUGCACUGAAGCUGACGAAUCAGCCUGAAUUACAGCUUCCUCUGCAACAGCAAUAGUUUGAAUUUAUGCCUUCAUGGUUCCUCUGCAGUGCUUUGGAGACUCUGUGUGUGUGUGUGUGUGUGUGUGUGUGAGUGAGAGUGAGAGAGAGAGAGAGUGUAAGUGCGUGUGUGUGAUGCAGUAAACGGCGCUGUCACUGCUCUGGUUUUAACAGAGGAAGUCAGGCUUUGUGACUGUUUAUUGAACACAGAGAGCCUCAAAAAUUGUAAUUCGAGCCAGACAGCAUGAAACAGCAGUAAAUAUAACUUUUAAAAUUUAAUUUAAAGAGAGAAGAGAUUUGUACGAGCCCCUUAACUCCCCAGUGGUGAUUUUUUAAAUUUAAUUUAUUUUUUAUGUUAAGCACACAGGACGAAAAAUAUCGCCUUUCGGGAUCCAGGGGUCCUGAGGAUUUGCAAAAUUAAAUGGUAACAGUGACAAAAAAUCACUCUGUUCGGGAAAUGCAUUUACAAUGAUAUUUCCAUCAUUCAUGUCGUCCUGGUGGUGGAUUCAUUAGAUUGAACGUCGCCAUUUUAAUCUUUCUUUCUCUUUCAGUUUAGCUUCUUCUAGUCACACUUUUUAUGUGAGGUUCAAAUAGAUUUCGACAGCAAUUACUGGUAAUUGUUUCACACGUGAACCGGCUUUGAAAUAUCUAAAGAUUUUGUGCUCAAAGCUUUGGAGAGUCAUCAGACUUCACUGUGAGUAGAUUAUAUCAGGACUAUUUAUGUAAAAAGAAGAAAGUGGAAGCUGUUUACAGUGAGCUCUGUGGAUCAUACAGAGAGAACAGGAGAACAUUUUUUUUAUGGAAAGAGAUGUUGCUUGUGGAUUUUUCUAAAACAUGUAAUAUUUGAUUGCAUUACAAAGUAAGAUUGACCCCCUUAUUAGUAUCAAUACAGAAAUCUCAAAAAUAGACACUGAAAUCUAUUCAAAUAAAACCAAAACUAUCUGCAUGACUAGAUACCACUAGCGGUAGAAGAGAAAAUGCUGAGGGUUUUUAUUGAGUGAAUUGAUGCAUUAAUCAACCUGUCUGGUGUCCCGUUCAUGUGAUUAAUUGGUGAAAUCACCAACUGAAGUACAGACACACAAAGUGGUGCCCCAGAAAAAGUAGAUUACAAGACCAGACUUGAGCAAAAUACCUCCUGGAACGUGCUGAACAUCACCGACUGAUGGUAACUGUGAAAAAGUGUUCAGUGGCUCCUGCAGCUCUGUGGACGGGUGAUUGAUGUGUUUUAGUGCCUCAGUGUGAGACCAAGGCUGCAUCCCUCCAUCCCAUAACACCACUCCUCUUAUACUUUCUCCUCUGCUUUCAUCCAUCCGCCUCUGCAUUUAAGAGGACCUGUUAUGCUCAUUUUCAGGUUCAUACGUGUGUUUUAGAACAUGUUUACAGACUUCAGUGGUCAGAAAAUGCUGAGGUUUCCUCAUACUGUUUGCCUGAAUACACAUUUAUUUACAUUUGGUCUGAGAAGGCUCCGUUUUAGUGCCUGUCUCUUUAAGCCCCUCCUCCCGAAAAAGCCCAGUCUGCUCUGAUUGGUCUUUAUUGCAGCUGGGGGAAAGACGAUAACAGAGGAGACAAGGAAUCAUCAAUAAAACCAUAUAUAUUCUCCAGUAGGAAUACGACCUGAAAUCUGUGGAAAAUUAAAAACUCUGAGAUUACAUAUUUCGAUGUUAGUAUGUAGCUAAAUCUGGGGAAUGACUGCAAUGUAAAAUUAUAAAUAUGAAAGAAAAAAAGGGAAAGCAUAAUUGGUCCCCUUUAACCACUCAGCUGCUUUUCAGACACACACACACACACACAUGCACACAGGUGUCCCUAUGGAAGGUUUGUUACUGAUCAUCACCUAGGUGUCCUUACCAUUGAGCUUUAAGACACGUAGAGGAAAGGAUGACUAAGGCUUUGACCGACACGGGCGGUGAAGUCAGAAUUUUAAAUGUGUUUUUAAUAGCAACCCAAAUCUCUUCAGACGUUUGUUUUGUUCAUUUUACAGAAAUCAGAUGUGGACACAAAGAAAUCCGUUUCUCUCUGUCCAAGUCGAAGUGAAAUGAACUCUGAGUGGCCUUAAGUGAGAGUUUUCAAGGGUUCAAGCUGGUUAAAACAGCACAUUGAUGAGUGAAGGGAGAACAUGAGGAGCGAGGGAGGAGGAUGAGAGAGGGGGGAGAUAUCGACUUGUUAAAUGCUGCAUGAGGAAGGCGGCGUUGUGUUCCUGACACGGCGCCCUUAGUCUUCCUCCUCACCACAAGAAAUCAUUUGGGAGCAUUAGCAAACUGUCCUGACGCUGAGGGAAAGAGAGGAGGACAUGUUCCUGUCCAUUUCACCUCAAAGUGAAAAUACACACAGACACACACACACACACACACACACAUUGGCAGUUACAGGCAUCAACAUAAUCAAACCAUUUGACUGACCUCUUUUUUUGUGUUUUCUGUUUUGUUUGAAUCAGUUAUUUGACACUGUAAAGAUCAGACUUGUGAAAGACCAAAAUUAAUUUAUUCUAAAAAUAUAUUCUUUUAAACAUGUUUUUGCACAAUGUAAUCCUGUUGCCAACGCCGCUUUAAAGCCUUCAUGGGACAUCAGGGUCGGUUUUCUGUCAUUUAACUCAUUUAGUCGGUUUAAUUUGUAUUUACUCGUGAAGGACGCUGCAACAGGAAUUCAGCUGACGAGCUACAAGCAUAUCAGAUGGAAACAGUACUUGAAGACACGCUUCGCUAUUGCUGUCGUUUUAGAGGGCAAAUGUGGUCUGUGGCAUCAAAACCUGUGGUCACUUUAUUAUUGACUGUUAAAGUCGACGUACUGUUCUUUCAACGCAGCUUUUGUCAACUGUUUGGGGUCACGACCCUUUAAAAUGAAGUCUACUCGUUCAACCAAAGAAAGAUUUUUCCUUCUGACAUUGUUUCAUUUGAAACAUUUUAGGGGCCCUAAGAUGGAAAACCUUAAAGAAAAUACUAAGAAAAACAUAUUGUGACCCCUCAGAUUUAUCUUGGUUUGGAACCACAUAUCUAAAUAAUGCUCUUUUUACGCCACAGAGUGCUACUGACCACUUUCAUACGUUUUUUUUUCUAUGCAAACUCCGGCUUCUUGUGAGUGAUGCAGUGGUCCUUUCAACUGUUUGACGUGCCUUGACUGUGCUGCCUCCUGGUGGUUUGAAUUUGGUGGUGCAUUCACUGAUUUCUCAUUUGAACGUUCUCGUCACCGUUAAGAAUACUCAUAGACGCAGACACA